CUUUUGGAGAUGGUAAUCCUGAGCAUGGUAUCUUUAGAAAGGAUUAUUGUGAGUUUGGAAGGAAACACUCUGUCAUUUAAGCAAGUCCACAAAGAUGAUCCUCGAUUGGUCAUGUACAAAACACUCAUUAGCAUUAUUCUUCGUCUAAAUUCAGACAAAGAUUUCUUGAAUGAGAUAAAUCAGGAAGCUCGGGAACUCAAUGAAAGUCACCCCAUUGAAAUUUCCGCAAAUCUACCUAAUCUUCUAGAUCAACAUGUUAAAAUAUUGGAAAAAAUUGAGAGAAAUCUCAAAGAAAUGACAAUAAUUGGGCAAGAUAAUCAUUCUAAAUUGACAUACUUUGAAAAUCUGAUGUCGAAAAAAUCUUAGUGAGAAUCGAAGAACCCUUUGAACGAUAAAAUUAUUUGUUUGAGAUUCUGAGAAAAAAUUCAAGUGAAGAGUUCAAUUUAAAAUUCAAGUGAUAAUGGCAAAUUUUCGUAACAAUUUUGUCCAAAUUAUGGGCGGUGAGGAAGCAAUUUUGAAUUAUAAUACUUUUCCAAUAAUAGUGGAAAAUAUGCAGUACCUCAUACAUCAGUAUGAUGUGAGAAGUAUAGUUGAUGCAAGAAUAUCAAUUAUGACACCCUACAUGGUAUUUUCACCUCAGCAUUCAUCGACGCUCAAUCAAAGCGACAUAAUACCUCAAGCGCCUCAGACCUUCGGAGAGAAAAUGCAAACUGAAGGAUACUACUUUCCUUUACACUAUGAUAAAGGCACAUCCACUAACGAUAUGUACGUGCAAUCUCCAGCAACGUGUCAAAGUAUUGGGGUAAACACAAUGAAUCCAACAAGCGGAGGAAUUAUCCAGAAUUUACUAGAAGACUCACUGAAUCAUGUUAAGGUACUCAAUGCUCAACAAAUGAUGAAGAGACGCAAAGAAAUGGACAUAAAUUUCAUGUAAAAAAAAAAACAUUUAAAAAAAUUUUCAGGCCAUAUAAUUUUCAAGAGAAUUUUUAUUUCAAUUUACUAAGAAUUUCAUUCCUUAUUA